AAAACCAUUUACCAAACCAUUUCCAAAAAAAAAAAAAAAAAAAACCCGAACAAAAGCCCAAAAUGUCCGAAUACUACUCCUCCACCUCCUCUUCCUCCUUCUACUCCUCGAGCUCGGGCUCGAACACGAACGGCCAGGAAUCCGGCUACCGCACCGCGACAUCCUCGCACACUGCACCGGACGGAUCGACGGUCGUGCGCUCCGCUGAGCAGGAUCUCGGCGGUCCGGCUGUCUUCGAAGAACGUCGGUUUGAUGGCGAUGGCCGGGAGCGUCUUGUUGGGGACUCUACUACCGGACAUGGCGGUGCUGGGGCGAGGAGGAUUGAGAAUGUUGAUGACGAGGAACAAUAAUCCAUUGUUUUUGAGGGUCGGUUAGUUGAUUUUGAAAAGGUGGUUUAAUGCUGGUUACAUGGGAGAUUGAGGUUGAGAUGGGUUUCGUGUUGAUCAUGACUGAAUGAAUUUGUAUAAUAGCUGUGCUGAUAGUAUUAUGAAACGAAGUCAUGCUUUCGCU